AUGGUUCAUACGUGGUCUGAUGAGUCAUCUAUCCAAUUAGAUGGCAAAUCAGUUCUAAACGCACCACUGUAUGAAACUAAUUACGGAAAUACCUAUAAAUCGAAUGUCUCCUAUCACUUCAAUCCAAACGUCUCCAAAUAUCAUUAUGGGGUACGACACCCAAUGAAACCGUUCCGGUUACUAUUGACUGAUCAUUUGGUCAUUUCUUACAAGCUGUAUGAACAGAUGGAUCUGUAUCAGCCAAGAAGUGCCACUGAGGAUGAACUAAAGCAGUUUCAUUCUGAUGACUAUAUUACAUUCCUGAAGAAUGUCACACCGGAGAACAGUAACAAGUUCAUUCAAGAUCUUCGUAAGUUUAAUAUUGGAGACGACUGUCCAGUCUUUGAGGGCAUAUUUGACUAUUCAUCCUACUAUGCAGGCGCAUCGUUAGAUGCGUCUAGGAAGUUAAUCAAUGGGCAAUCCGACAUUGCCAUUAACUGGUCAGGAGGCUUACAUCAUGCCAAGAAAUCAGAGCCCAGUGGAUUCUGUUAUGUUAAUGAUAUUGUGCUAUCCAUUUUGAACCUCCUCAGAGUGCAUCCAAGAGUUUUGUAUAUAGAUAUUGACAUUCAUCAUGGAGACGGGGUCCAAGAAGCUUUCUACCUCUCAGAUAGAGUCAUGACAGUUUCCUUUCACCAAUAUAACGGUCAGUUUUUUCCUGGGACUGGUAAUUACGAUGAGACGGGGCUUGGAGUUGGGAAACACUUUGCCCUCAAUGUUCCACUUAGAGAUGGUAUUGACGAUGAGAACUAUGUCAGACUUUUCAAGUCUGUCAUGGAGCCAUUAAUAAGAUCCUUCCAACCCACGUGUAUAGUACAACAAUGUGGUGCCGAUUCUUUGGGGUGUGAUCGAUUGGGUGGAUUUAAUUUGAAUAUCAGAGCUCAUGGUGAGUGUGUGAAUUUCAUCAAGUCGUUCGGAAUCCCUCUCCUAGUUUUAGGUGGAGGAGGAUACACUCCUAGAAAUGUCAGUCGUCUCUGGUGUUAUGAGACGAGCAUCAUGACCAAUACGAAAUUAGCUUCAAAGCUUCCGGAGGAAUUGCCUUUUAGGAAUUUCUUCGAACCGGAUUACUCACUGCAUCCUAACCUGGGUGAUCGAAUUGAAAACAAAAACACAAGAAAAUACCUGGAAAGUGUACGAAUCAGAGUAAUGGAACAACUACGUUACCUUAAUGGUGCCCCAAGCGUUGCCAUGCAGGAAAUACCUCCGGAUAUCCAAGGCAUAGACACUACUGAUGAGGAAGAGGCGCUGAUAAAACAGUUGAAUAAAGAAAGUGAAUUGGAUGCAUUGCUAGAAGAGGAUAGGUACUGGCUUAACGAGAAAGAAAAUGCUAGAGUUGGAGAACUUAGAGAUUAA